CCCGAGUGCAAGCUGGUCGCAUUACCUGGUCUCUUUUUCUCAGCCCCCCCCCCCCACCUCACACUUCAGCCUCUCAUCUGCAUUCCUUCGAUGAGAUAAGAGGUCUCCCUUUUGCUGGCUUCAAACAUGGCUGGUAUCGGGGUCUCUUGGGGGACUGUCAAGUCCCUUCUCAUCUUCUUUGGUCCAGUCCUCCUCCCUCGCUUGAUCACAGCCUACCGCAGCCUCCGCGUAUCAAUCGCAAGCCGACCUCCUCCACGCCCAAUCCCCGCCGGCGCCAAUCGCGCAUUGAACCUCUUCUUCGCCAGCAUUGCCCUCUUCCUCAUCCUUAGCCUCCCAUUUAACCCGCACGCCCCCGAAGCCAACAUCUUCUCCCUUACCCGCUCGCGUAUCCACACUCCCAUUGAUGUGAUCUUCCACCGUCUAUCGCGCCUCCGGCCCGACAGCGUCUUGACGGAGGCUGACUUGCGGCUGCGCGAGAAACUCACUUCCCUCGGAGCCCGCAAGGUCUACCUGACUUUCGGCAGGGAUGCAUUGAUCUCGUGCCAAUACUGUUCCUUGGAGGAUCUCAACACCUACCUGCUCUACUACCUCCCGUUCCACAUCCUCCUGCCACACCUGGUACACCUCUUGAUCCUCGGUGUGGCCACGUCCGCUCCCUUCGCAGGCCGCGAAGCCGCCCGCUGGCGUACCAAGUUCACGCUCGCCGGCCUGGCGCUGGCAGCACUGGACAUCUGGAUCGUGGUACGGUACGAUGCAAUCUCAUCGGCGUCCCCCGCCGUGCAGGCGGGCCAAGUACCACCCAUCGGCCUCUACAACCUACUUUCGCUUCUCCGGCCACUGGCAUUCACCGUGUGUGACGUGGUCUGUGCGAUCAUCAUCUACCUCUCCUCCACCAACCGCUUCUUCUUCAAGCCCCCCUCGCAAGCGGAUCAGUUGGACCAGGCGGUGUCCGCCGCGCUGACCAUGCUGACGGGCGCUAACAACAAGCUCCAUGCGGCGAGCGUGACCCGCAAUGCGGUCGUCCGGGAUAAGGCGCUCAAAGCGCGCGAUGAUGUCUACUGGCAGAAGAUGGUGGCGGUCGAGAACCCCACUCGAGGCUCCGGAGGAGCCGAGCAGAUUGAGGGUGUGGAGCGGGUGGACGUGGUCAAUAACAUUUGGGAAGAGGAGGAAGUAGCUCGGGCCAUGUCGCGGGCGAUGGCUGGACAGGGAGGAGUUGAUUUGGCGCAAUUGGGCAUGAAUGCGAAUGAGUUUGUCCGCGGUGUCACGGAGGGUUUGGAUUGAAGCGGAGAGUCGCACGGAUUAUAAUCAGUACACAUAUAAGGUAUAGAAUAGCAUCCCAUGGGGAGUAUAGUAGGAUGUCUUGAAAAUAAACUAUAUUUGUGCAUAUAUA